UUGCAUUUCUUGAGGCCCCCUAAAUUCCCACAGCACCAGCAAACCCAUCCCCUCUAGCCACCAACUGAUGCCGAAGUUUUUUAAUGCAAGGCAAAGGCCAGCGAGUGAGGCUCACGAGUCACGCCCAACAAACUCUGUCUCUAAUCUCUCACCUCAGAACAUGCACCAAUACAUCGCCAUCAUAAAUACCCUCCUCCACCCCUCCCCACCACUGCCCCGCAACCAUAAUAGCCUCCCUACAAAUAGCCUCCAAUCCAAGAAACCAAGCGCAUGCACAGCAGCAGCAAUGGAGAUAGAGUCGAUCAAGUGCGAGUGCUGCGACCUGAGGGAGGACUGCACCCCAGACUACAUUGCCAGCGUGAGAGCGAGCUUCCACGGCCAAUGGCUGUGUGGGCUGUGCUGUGAGGCCGUCAGGGAUGAGGCGUGCAGGAAGAAGGCUCACUCGGGCGUGGAAGAGGCUGUGAGGGCUCACAUGGCGUUCUGCAAGAUGUUUAAGUCGAACCCCGCCGUCCGGGUAGCCGACGGCGUGCGCCAGAUGCUCCGGAGACGGUCCAGCGACAUGUCGAAGCCAGACUCGGCCAAGAAGUACAGCACCUCACAGGUUGGAGAUGAAUCAUCUGUGGCACUGUAUUGAAGAGUCCAUCCAUCCAUCCAUCCAUCCUAAGGCUUGUGGACCGUCUAAUCCUCUUCUAAGGCUAGAAUUCCUUCCUCCUAUUGUCGGUUUGCCGUAUGUUCUUGUCAUGGCAUGAUCUUGGAAUGUGCAUAAGAUUCGUGGGAAUAGAUACUAGUAUGGUCCGGCUUUGAGAUGAAGUUGCCUUGUUUCUUUGCUCACAACACAAUCAUUGAGUUGAUAAGAUAUGCUUAGAUAUACUAAUCUGUUUAUGUUUGCGACCUAACAUCCUAACAAAGGCAGGGGAGAGGGCUAGCAUGUGCAAGCUAUAUUGUUCACACCUCAGGUCACCGUGCUCGUUGUACCUGACUUGACCUGUGAUGCGGACACUACACCAUCAAGAGAUCCAUGUAUGUGUACCCAGCUGGUGGUUGCACUUGCACGUUGCACAACCAUGGUGUGCUCUUCCCUCUGAAACACCUGUACUUUCUGGUAUUCGCAUUAUAAUGAUAACUAACAAAAUCGAGCUUACG